GACUCGCCGAGUUGGCGAGUUUGGCCCAAACUCGCCAAACUCGGCGAGUCCCGAGCCCUGGACUUGGCCGGCGUGGGCAUACUUUGAAACACAAAAAAAAAUUAGUUUGCAUAGUUUUUUUAAAUCCGUUUUUUUAUGUUAAUUGUCUUCUAGCCCUAAAAGUGACUUUCAUUUCAUUCACUUGCAAAAAAAGGAAGAGUAAAGUGAGUUGGGAAGAAAAACAAGGGUGCAUAGAAGAAAAACCAGCAAGGAGGAAGCUCAAGUUUUCUUCAAUUUGUCACAUUGGAGCUGCAUUGUGUUUCAAUUUGGUGCAUCAAGAGUUGGAUAGGAAGAGUUUGCAGCUCAUUUCAAGCUUGUUGUAAGAGCAAACUUCACUUUAUUAUUUGCCUUAACUUCAAGUUUCACAAAACUAUCCUAAAAUGUCUACUUCAGCUUCUAGACCCCCCAUUAGAAAGGACCCUGCUUGGAAAUAUCAUGAGGAUUUUCCAGGGCAAGGAAAGGGGCAAACAAAAUGUAUGUUUUGCAAAACAAUAUUCCAUGGAGGUAUAUAUAGGCUGAAAUACCAUAUUGCUAGUGUGCGUGGACAUGAUGCCGAACCAUGCCUAAAAGCAGUCCCUGAGGCCGUACGUGAUUGUUAUGUAAUGGUUGAGGAGAUUGAAAGAAAAAAGAAACAAAAGGAGGAUCGAGUGGCCAUUGGGAGAGAGACAGUUUUAGGAAGAGGGACACAGUUAGGUUGUGUUGGAGGCCCUUCUUCCUUACCUCCAUAUCGUCCCACUUAGUUUACUACUGCUGGUGCUUUCGUUUCUGCUUCUGCUUCUAUAAGUGGCAGUGCCACCGCCACUUCUCAUGCUCCUACCACUAGUAGUUGUAGUGGGAAUGUUACCAUUGGACCUAGGAUUCGUAAAUCUAGGUUGGAUUCCUUCUUUGUGCCUCGCACUACUCCUGGGUCCCAACCGUCGCUUGAGGGUAUGGGUUGGAACAAGGAGGUCCAUGAUGCUGCUAAAAUGGCAGUUGGCAGGUUUUGGAGCUACAACUGUAUUCCAUUCUUUGUAGCCAGGUCUCCUUAUUGGCAACAAAUGGUUGAUGCCAUUACCAUAUGCGGGGCGGGGUUCAAAGCUCCUAGUGAGAGUGAUUUGAGGGGACCCAUUUUGUCUCAAAUGGUGGAUGAUGUGAAAAAGGAUUUAGAUGAACAACGCCACAUAUGGAGCACUAAAGGGGGCACUGUUUUCAUCAAGUCCAUCGAUGCCUCUGCCCAUUGCAAGAAUGCCACCUACCUAUGUGAGCAGAUAGAGGAGGUGAUUGAAGAUGUGGGUGAGGAGAACGUGGUACAGGUGGUGAUCGACAAUGCAGCAAAUUAUGUUGCUGCGGGUAGACUAUUGAUGGAGAGGCACCCAUCUAUAGUUUGGACUCCAUGUGCUGCUCAUUGCAUUGACCUCAUGUUGGAGGAUAUUGGAAAAAUCCCAUGGGUUAAGAGAUGUGUAGAAAGGGCAAGAAAUGUCUGCAAAUUUGUAUAUAAUCAUUCAUGGGUGUUGGCUCUUAUGAGACAAUACACAGAGCAAAAGGAGUUAGCUCGUCCAGGAAUCACAAGAUUUGCCACAAACUUCCUCACAUUGCAGUCCAUGCUUAGGUCUAAGUCUGCUUUGAGACGUAUGAUUGUUGGUGAGGAGUGGUCUUCUUCAUCCUAUGCUACCACCCCUGCAGGGAUAGAGAUGGCAGACUGCAUUUUUGAUGAGCAAGGCUUUUGGGUCCCUUGUGAUGAGAUAGUGAAGUUUGUUAAGCCCUUGGUGGUUUUGUUGCGAGUUGCGGAUGGAGAUAAGCCCGCAAUGGGCUAUAUAUAUGAGGGCAUGGAUAGAGCGAAGGAGGCCAUCAAAUUCGUCUAUGGAGCAGAUGAGAGCAAGUAUGGUCCCAUUUGGGAGAUCAUUGAUAGGAGAUGGCAUCAUCAGCUUCAUAGGCCCAUCCAUGUGGCAGCCUAUUAUCUGAAUCCGACAUUCCGUUUUAUCCCUUCUUUCAAGGCUGAUGCGGAGGUCCUUAAUGGGCUAUAUGCAAUAAGGAGAAGAUGGGACCUACUGGUACUUCUCAGAUAGACCUUUUUCGAGAGCUACAGAUGUUCUCAGAUGCACAAGGGGAGACCUCCUCUCGUCCUGUCGCCAAAGAUGGUAGGACAACUAUGAUGCCAGAGACACCAAAUAUUCAGAAGUUGGCCAUUCGCAUCUUGAGCCAACCAUGCAACGCAUCAGGUUGUGAGCGCAAUUGGAGUAUGUUUGAGCACGUACACUCCAAGAGGUGCAAUAGAUUAUCUGUGGAGAAGAUGAAUGAUCUCGUCUUUGUUCACUACAACCUCCGCCUAAGAAUGAGAAAGAAUGCAACAGUUGACAUGUCUCCUAUCAUUCUAGAUGAGGUUGAUCUUGAAGCAGAGUGGGCCAAUGAGAAUCAGACAGCUCCUGGGACUCCUACAACUGUAUUUAGUGAUGAUGACAUUGAUUGGAUUGACCAGGUAGACAUAGAGGCUGAGGCUGUAGCCAUGGCAAAGGAGGAGCAGAGAGCACGAGCAGAGACAGGAAAUACUGAGACUCAGAGUGACACAGUUGUUCCUGAUGUUGGCGAGCAUGCCACAGCUGUUCCUGAUGUUGGUGAGCAUGGCAUGGUGUCACGGGGAGCGACUAUGGCUGCUGAAUCAUCCGGGACCUACCUUAAACGCCUUCGCAGGGGGCCAGGGCGAGAGGGUUCAGUUGCACGGCCCUCUGAGCCAUAGGCUUGUACACUUGUAGUUGUAUUUAGCAUUUACUAUUUACCUUUGGUAUUUGUAUGAAACAUUUGAUGAUGAUCAUAUGAUGACAUGGAAUUUUUAUUCCAUGAGUUUUGUAAUAUUGUAUACAUUUGACAAUAUUUAUAUAUCUAUGCUUGUUAUUUUCUUUA